AUGUAUUUCUCUAAUGUUAUCGUCGCCACUCUUGCCGCUCAGGCCCUUGCCCAGGACAACCGUGUCCCACGCGUUCGCGUUGGACGAGUUGUGGCCUUGGUGGCUGCUGCUGCUCUUCCAGUCAGAGCACUCCCCGUCUUCGAUGCCCUUGAGGCGCGAGAUCCCCAUCAUGGGGGUGCCAAGGCCAAGGCGGUCGAGGGAUGCAAGGCCAAGCGAGACGAUGAGGACGAGGAAGCCGUCGAGGGACUCGUCGCCCGCCAUCACCAAGGAGCCAACGGCAAGGCUGCUGCCAAGGCUACCAAUAACUGCAACAAGAAUGGCAAGCGAGAUGAAGUCGCUGAGGAACUUGAAGCGCGAGACGUCGAGGAAGAUUCCGAAGAAGACACCAAUGAGCUUACCACCAGGGAUGUCGAGGAAGACACCGAAGAGGAAGCUAGCGAGCUUGUAGCCCGAGCAAAGAAGGGAAAGAAAGGCAAGAAGGGUAAGAAGGGUAAGAAAGGCAAGAAGGGUAAGAAGGGUGGAAAGAAGGGCAAGAAGGCUGGCAAGAAGGCUGGUACCAACACCAAUGCUGGUGCUACCAACGGAGCAACUAAAACUGGUACCAACACCAACGCUGGUGCUACCAACGGAGCAGCCAAAACUGGUACCAACGCCAACACCAACGCCAACAAGAACGCCAACAGCAACACUCAAGCCAAGGCUGGUACUACUGCUUAA